AUGCCAAAACCCACUUUCCUUCAAGCGGUGCUAAACAAACCUACCAGAUCAUAUGCGGAUCCAUACCAUUCAUCACCAUGGUCAGAUCAAGGUCAACCUCAGAAUCCUUACUACACCUCUUCCCCCUCCUCAAGAUAUGACGACCAUUUCAAUCAAUAUAGUCAUGCUGGACCUAGUAAACCUCGUUCGAGAGGUCCUUCGUCGACCGUAUCGAGCUCAGCAAUGAGUGAUGGACAACCGGGCAAUACAAUAUCGACGGGAAGUAGGUUUCCCAAACCUGCUAGAAGGGUAGUUAGUAAUAUCACUUUGAGGGAUGGUCAGAUCAUACAUGAUAAUCCUCCUCUACCUAAAUCACCUAGCUCAGCUGUCGGAACCACUAGAAAGAAGUCGAUCAAAGCACCUAGUAAAGCUGGAGGAGAAGAAGAUGGUAGACCCGUCUCGAGAGCAGGGACAAUCAAGAAGAAGAAGAAGCCAAAAUCAACCAUUCACGAAAAUGACUCUAUAUCUGUACUUUCUUCACCUACCUCCACGACCAUAUCAUUACCUAUGCCCCCACCGAUACAUUCAAGGAAUAGUGGAUCUUCUUCUUCCGCACCUUCAUCCCCUGUUCCUCCCUUGUCACCCAUCACUCCGACCCAUUCAGAGACGAUACGGCAGAAGCCUGUCCGGCCGAAUUACAUGAAACCGCUGAUACUCACGCCGCCAAGCUCAGAGAUGUCGACUCCCAAUUCCUCAACGCAGCAGAUGUCAACCGUGAAAUCCCCUCAUGCAUCUGCGCCAAUUGAACAGACAAAACAGAUACAAGCGCCUCAAGUGGUAAUUGGAAAUGCGGAUUCAGGCGAAGAAGAGGAAGAAGAUAUAUUCUAUACCCCUAGAACAUCACUGGAAGAUCUUCAGCUGCCCAUGCCCAUUUCUACAGAGAGUGAAAACCUUACUACGCCCAAACCCGCAAAUCCAUCUGUCGCACCACCUUCAUUCAACUUUUUACCUCCUACUCCGGCACCUAUACCGGAUCCUGCUCAAUCGCCAUUUCAUUCUGAACCUUCGUCCUCUAAUAGCUCUUCUUUGCAUCCUGAUCGACCGUUCGUCUCUCGUCAACCAUCAGACACUUCAUCUUCACCUAUACAGACAAGCAAUUUGGUACAGAUGCUCAAACAUGGAGACGAAGACGACGAUGCGCAGAGUGCAUCUGGACAAGCUGGAUCGGACGAAGACGAGGAAUCAGAUAGACAAAAUGCGCUUGAUCGUCGAAAGAGUGGAGCUUGGUCCAAACCAUCUUCAGUCGUCGGUCGCUCUACUCCCCCUUCAUUAGAUGGCUAUGCCUCUCGAGCACCUUCGCGACAAUCCACCGCCAGGCAUUUCUCACGUCACUCCUCUGAAGAGUUCCCAGGUGUCAGAAGACCUUCUGUACCUAACUCCGAAGCGUCGUACACUUCUGCACCCAAUCGACCCGAGGGCAGUAUAAAAGGUUCUGGAUCGAUAAGUGGGUACGGCAAAGGCGGAUGGGCCGCAGCUCAUUCAGCUAGGUCUAGGCCGUCCUCUCCGAUCAUGUUCAUGCCUGCUUCCGGCGGUGAUGGAUGGGCGGAAUUCCAACCUCCUCCACCUAGACAAUCUAAAUUCACGCCGCUACCUUCUGCAUCACUCUCACCGACUUUCGAUAAGAUAACCGAUGGAUCGAGAUUACCUGUGUAUGGGACGAGCUCAAGAGAGAGUCAAAAUGGUUAUCCUCAGGGGUUGAGACCACCAAGUAGAGGUGAUUCGUCGCCUAGCGAAUAUUCUCAAUUGUCCGAUGGACUGGAAAUGCCAAGUAGGUCGUAUCUCAAGAAAGAUUACAAUAGUCAGGCAACAAGUGAGAGUACAACACCGUUCGAUGGAGGAAGAGAGACAACUAGCCCGGAACCUGGAAGUUUAGCUUUUCCCAUUGCCCGUGUAGGAUCACUCAGUAUCAGUCAUUCGACGACUUCGCCAUCUUUGGCUAGAACACCGUCAAGGAUUGGAUCUGAGAUAUACUCAUCUCGUCCAAUGUCUCCUUCAAUGGACUAUUCCAGACCAACUUCAUCAAUGAUGAGUCAUCGACCGCCAUCUGUCAUGUCUCACGCACAAUCUACCUCGCCGAUGACAUUCAACCCACCAUCGUUCCUCAACCCGGAUCUACUCACCAUCUUACCUGAAAUGACGAACGAAGAUUCCGACAGACUGUAUCGAUCAGCUGCCUCAGAAAGCGGCGGUGGUGGUAAAGGUAGAAGAAGUUCAAUGCAAGAUUGGGGGUCAUACAAUCCAUCUCGUAGAUCUAGUAUAUUCAGGGCGAAGAGUGAGGUGGGGCAUGAUGACGAGGAGAGGGUCAUACCCCGGAUGCCUACUAGACGAAGUAAAUCGGUUGCUGGAUUUAGAAAUCAUGAUUACUCCAAAGAUAGGAAGUGGGAAGGAGGUAGUUAUGGGGAUGGAGUAUUAAUGGAAUCAAAUGGGAGGGCUCCUGAGAGUAUCGGUGGAUACACUAAUCUCGUGUUGCCCUCUGGAGCAUAUCGACCUAUCAAUCCGGCCAAAUCUGCCAAUUCCAAUGGACUAGACUCACGUAUCCUCGGUAUGCCACAUGCUACGAUGGCGUCUAUCGUACUCAUCACGACUUUCUCAAGACAUUCUUCUACACCUGCGCACCUAAGAGACCAAUUGCCGCCUUUGGUCGAUUUCAGCUCCCAUCUCAAACCACCGACCAAAGUCGGUGAUUCCCAAUUACUAGUUCAGGUAUAUGCGGUAGCCAUCGAUCAGAUUGAUGUGAGGGCUUUGGACGAGAAAGCGAGAUGGGAAGUUGGCAAGUAUGUUCCUGGAAGAAGCUUCAUCGGAAGAGCUUUGACUGUGGGAGCAGAUGAGAAGGAAGUGGUCAGAGGGGAUUUGGUCAUUGGGAUACUCGAUAUUCGAAAGAGCGGAGCAUUAUCAGAAUACAUCGUAGUGGAUCGCCGACGUAUCUCAAGAGCACCGUUCCCUACUAACUUGUCACUCGAACAACUUUCCCUCCUCCCUCUACAGGGAGUUGCUGCAGCCAGAGCAGUCCGAACUCACCUAAUCAAACAUUCUCGCGCACUGAUUCUGAAUGCCCAUCAAGGUGUAGCGGCGUUGGUAUGUCAAGAGAUGUCAAGGAACGGUGUGAAUAUCACAGCUGUCAUUCCCGGAGGAGACGAUUCGCACGAACAUCAUAAAGCAUGUAUGGACAAUGGUGCGAAGGGUGUGUUGAUGGGUAGUCCAGCAGCUGUCAUGUUGAGUCUUGAAGAAGGCGCUUGGGAUCACGUGUUUGAUACGGUUGGUGGGAGUCGAGUAUCUGAUGCGGCAAGGAGAUUGCUCAAGGAUGGUGGAAAGCUAAUAUCGACUAUCAAACCUGAUUCUUCCUCUUCGUCUCCUACCACGCCAACUUUAACAUCUCGACCUUCCGGAUUGAAAUCCCUCAAAGCAGCAUUCGGAGGAUCCAACUCCCGAAGGAAAGAUUCCAAAUUCAUUUCUGUCGAAUACCUCCCUCCGACAGGAUCGGGUGAACCUGAAGUAGACAGUUCAGGGAUGGAUUACAGAGAUAUAAUGGAAGAACCUUGUAUGGCUAUUUUUAGACCUGUCAUUCCGGAGUAUAUAUGCAGAAAACAUACUUCGAUGGUACUGGGAGGAGAAGGGGAUGGGAAAGUAAAGACAGUAGUGAAUUUCGAAAAAGGACAUGAGAUCUUCAGGAGGGAUUGGGAAGGUGUGAGAGUUGUGAAGGUGAUUAAUUAG